AUGUGUCGCAGAAGCCGCUUUUGCAGAUAUUCCACAGUGGUUUGUCACAUUCUCGCGAUGACUGCCGCUGUAGAUGGAGCUACCACGACUUACCCAGAGCAGACACUCACAGCAGAGGACACCCUGGCAGAUUACAGCGAUACCGCCUUGCCCUAUCCUGUCGUGAGCCCUGGUGAAGCUCGCAAGUACAUGCAAUCAGAUGCCACACUGGAAUUUCCCGGGAGGGCCGGAUACACAGAAGACGUUCUCCCGCUGGCUUCUACAAGCGUGAAAGUACAUCAGCCUGCGAACCUUCAAGAAGGCCCUCACAGCACCAGUCUGGCGUCAGGCAGCAGUUGGUCUCCGCGAGGGAGCUCAGCAGAAAACCCAUCUAGCCCACUCUAUGAAGACGGUGCAGGGGGUAAUUUGGCCGUAGAUUCAUAUGCGAUGGUCCAGCAGCCAGGCGAGCGCCUCAGACCGGCGGAAAGGGUUUCUCUGGUCCUGAAGCUCAUGGUCUUAUCCUUGCUUUUAGGAUGGAUGUUGGCUUCCUAUGGCUCAGUCGCGGAGGCCGGUAGUAUUGACCUGACCCGUGCAGUUCUGGCUCUUUGGACAGUCGCUUUUGUGGCAUCUGUGAUCCAGAGGCCAGUGCACUCGCUUUUGUCCCAGUCUUCCGCGGGAGAAGGCGGCUCCAAGCGCGCUGCUGGCAAGCACGGACGGAAAGAAGCUAGGAAAGCUAAGCUGCGCUACAUCCUCUCCAAGGUGGUGACUUUCCUCCUCACAGUGGCGACCAUCGUCUUAUUCGGACCAGCUCUACUCUUUCUCAUGUGGGUUUUCCUGUCUCUGGUUCUCGCUGCCAUUGUAAGCAUCGGGUUCAGUGUUCUGUUGUAUUCUCCAGUACCUGGUGAUAAGCUGCGGAGUACGUAG